UGAACAAAAGCUGUGCCACCUGCAUGGGAGGCUUUUUCAGACCCAGUGUGUGGCCCAGCUAGCACUUCCUGUUGGAGACUGAUGCAAUGGGAGCUAUUUGGGCCUUCUUCGUUUGUGUCCACACUGUUUGGCUUGCCAAAUGCUCUUGUUUGCCAGUUGGUGGGACAAAUAAAAGGAAUGAUCAUGGGCUUCAGAGGAUGAUGGAAGAUUCGUCUUCUAGUGAGCUCUCAUUAAAGAAGGUCAUUGCACUUUUCCAGUCGAUGGAAUCCAUGUUGGAGCAAGGGGCUAAGGCAGUACAACUGGAAACCAAUGAUGUGGAGGCUGAGUCAUCAGUUGGCCACGUGAAACUUGCAGAGACCCUGAACAGGCCAAAACAGCUCCAAACUGAGAGAGCUGUCCCUGUAGGCACGGCCAUGGACAGCGGCAGUGUCACCUUCACCUUCACCUUCCCCGCAGGCAGCAGUGCAAUCAGCAACAAUGGCAGCCACAGCGCAGCCGAUGACAGCGGCAAUAGCAGAAACUUCUUCCUUGGCUUCUUCCCCAGCAGUGGCGGCAUCUCUGCCGGCAAUGGUAAUGGGAACACCGGCAUCUCCGCCGGCAAUGGCAGGGGCAAUAGUGGCAUCUCUGCCGGCAACGGCGUGGGGAACGGUGGCAUCUCCGCCGGCAACGGCAGGGGCAACAGCGGCAUCUCCGCCGGCAACGGCGUGGGGAACGGUGGCAUUUCCGCCGGCAGGGGCAACGGCGGCAUUUCCGCCGGCAACGGCGUGGGCAACGGCGGCAUUUCCGCCGGCAACGGCAUGGGGAUCGGCGGCAUCUUCACUGGCAGGGGCAACGGCGGUAGCAACUUCUUUGCCGGUUUAGGCAACUUUGCGGGCGACAGCAGCUGCAGGAUCUGCCUCAGAAUUUACAACCCUGACAUGAAAUUGGACAGACUUCCUGCCAUCAACGACACAGAGAAAAGCAACACAGAGGAUGCAGACCUGCAUUGUUCCCCUUACACCAUGGAGGAAUAUGUAGACUCAAUCAAAGAGCUCUGA